GAUUAAAAAAAAGUAAGAAUAAUUUCCCGAGUACAUACUCAAUGCAUUAUCAAUCUUUUUCAGUUGUUUUGUAUCUACUUACGCUAAUACUUUUGGUUCCUGAACCAUACACUCAAAUUCUAGGAUGGUAAAAUCGUGAAUGUUUCUUCAACGUUGUAUAACUGCUAUUGAUUUAUUGAGCACUGCUUAAAUCAUUUUCACUUAUCAGAGGCAACAGGGCUUCUAGCAUUUAUUAAUCAGACUUGUGAAACGGGCAUGAUACAUGUACAUAAAUAACCUUCUCGAGCACAAACAGCACGCUUUUUACACCCUGUCAAUUGGGAUUUCCAGAACGACAAUUUCCGUAAGUAGCCGGAGUUAAAAAUCCCCAAACCUCGCUGGCGAAGGGAGUCGAAGAUACCCGAAUGUUGACGUCACCCCCGUUGGGGGGGGAGCAGCCGAGCAUUUCCGGAAGCAACCGACGUUUUCCGAACCUGUCCGUCCUGCCGGACUGCUGGAGGCGGCCGCAGCGCCAUGUUGAGCGAAAUCUCCCUUCUCACUGAAAAAGGACUUUUAAAAUAACAAUUACUGAGCAAGAAACAUUAAGUAACUGAAGAAGGAAAAACCGGCGACAUCCCUCUGGGAAGCAGAACCGAACCGGAAUCGAGGAAGCCCCGGCCGGGGAGGGGGAAAGCAACCCCCCCGCCGUCCCCAUGAAGAUAAAACCCCAAUAAAAGCGACUCUUUCCAUUAAAAAGGCAUUUUUUUUGUACUGUCCCAGUACAGCACAGGGAUUAAGGGCCUGGUCCGGGGGGAAAUCUGUCGCUGUACUUUUUUUUUUUAGAUGUGUACAAUAUAUUUUUUACACCUCUGUAUCAAUAUUUAUUAUUGCCUACAUCUAUUUUUCUUUUGUUGAAUUUUUUUGCGAUGAGUUUGCCGCCGAAAGCGGUACCGAAAUCAGCCGCUGCCGCAGGAAGUGGACCCGGAACCGGGCCGUCUCCGCCGAGCCAACUGCGGGCUCUCCCGACCUCCGUGGCGUUACCGGGAGCCCCGGCCGCCCCGCAGCCGCCCGCCGCGCCGCCGCCACCGCCGCCGCCGCAGAUUUCCAGAGUACAGCCUCCGCUAGAGGAUCGGAUCUUCCCUGGACAGCCCGGAGUCACUGCUGUCUACAGUGUACCAAGGCCACCUGGCCCUCCAUAUUCAACACACGAAAUCACCAAGGGACACCCUAACCUUGCGGCCACGCCGCCCGGGCACGCCUCUUCCCCAGGACUCUCUCAGGUAUCAGUAUCCACAGUACACCUAUAUCGCUACCUUAUGGGCUGGGAGUCAGGCGGAGGGUCUCCAUACACCUCUGGACAGAAUGCUGGUACCACACCAUUGGUGUACCCUCCCCCCACACAGCCAAUGAAUGCACAGCCACAGACGCGCCCGUUUGCAACGGGGCCUCGUCCUACCCAUCACCAGGGAGGAUUCAGGCCGAUACAGUUUUUCCAGAGGACUCAGAUGCAAACGGCACGAGCCACCAUUCCAAGUAAUAACCCUUCCAUUCGGCCUGGAUCCCAGACUCCCACUGCUGCUGUCUAUCCCCCAAACCAGCCCAUCAUGAUGGCCAUGACACCCAUGCCUUUCCCCUCGCCACAGACAGCCCAGUACUACAUACCCCAGUAUCGACACAGCACUCCCUACGUUGGGCCUCCACAGCAGUAUUCAGUGCAGCCUCCAGGGCCCAACACCUUCUACCCUGGACCUGGCCCAGGAGAGUUCCCCACACCAUACGCACCACCCUAUUACACUGGCCAGACGGUGUACACCCCCUCUCCACCCAUCAUAGUGCCUACACCGCAACAACCUCCACCUGCCAAGAGAGAGAAGAAAACGAUCCGUAUUCGAGAUCCCAACCAGGGUGGGAAGGACAUCACGGAAGAGAUCAUGUCUGGAGGGGGCGGGAGCCGAAAUCCAACACCUCCUGUGGGAAGACCUUCCUCAACUCCCACCCCACCACAGUUUUUAUGUCCACACCCUCAUUAUCCUCACAUUUUCUACCUCAAAUCCCAGCAGCUGAGCAACCAGGUCCCAGAUCACGGGCACAUGCUGUACAGUGUGGAGAAUCCCCAGCUUAUUGCUGCAGCCGUGGACAUAAAGCCAGACGACAAGCCAAAACUGGACAUUACUGCGCUGAAGUCUUCAUCCCCGGGGCUGCGACUGCCUGACACCCUUGCUGACAAGAAAGAGCCCAGUGGGCCUGCACAGGACUCCUCUCCCCCUGAAAAACUAGAGCUUCCCACCUCCAGUCCAGCUGUGGUGCCCGGCCCAGUCACGGCCACCUCUGUGCCCAUUGCUGGCUCCUGUAAGCCCGUGCUUCUGGGGGAACGGGCGGAACCGCCGGCUCCAAAGGAGGAGCCAAAGCCAGCUUGCUCUGUCUCUCCUCAGCCCGAGAGCUCUGACUUUGAGCGGGCCAUGCCGGAACUGCCCAGGAGUCUUUCCACUUCUCCGGCCCCCGCUGUAAAGGAGAUGAACGGCCUGAGUGAAAAAGAGGCCGCCUCUCCUUGCAGUGACUCGGACUCGCAAUCCCGGGAGCUGGCCUCUCCAUCCCAGUCUCAGCCUGCAGCUUCCAACUCCAGUGCAGAUGCCCAGGAAGUCGUUUCUAGAGAGGUCCGGGCGGAGAGUCCUCAGACAAAUCUUGCGGCUGUUGCCCCAGCUGCAGCUGCCUCCCCUUCCUUCAUCACCACUGCUGCUAUCACUACUGCUGCUGCUGCUGCUCCUCCUCCUCCUGGCCUCCUGGUGGCCAGUCAGGGAACUGCUGAGUCAGGGGAGGCCAGGAGAAUCACUGUGGGCUCAGAGGUGAAAGAGAAUCCCCCUAAAGCAGGAGCGGGAGCAGAGGUUACACAGGAUGAAAAGCCCAACUCCCUGCCACAAGCUGGCUCCAGAAAAGGCCCCAGUACGGCCCAUGCUGCUCCUACUGCACCAAAGACCUGGAAGAAACCAAAAGAAGGGACUCCAGUAGGAGAAGUGCCAGAGAAAGAGAGUGAGCCUGAGCCCCGGGAGGAGCUGAGUGCAGAGAGGGCCCCCGACCCCGAGCUGGAGCGCUGCAGUCCCGUGCCGCCGGAGGGCGAGAAGAAGCCCCCCGUGCCGGAAGAGAACGGGGAGCAGGAGCCGGAGCCCGUGAGGAACGGCGGCGAGCACAUCUCCGAAACCGAGAGCAGCGACAGCGGUGUCGCCCCCGGGGAAAAAGAGGGUUCCACAGAGCCCAUGGAGACUGAAGGGAAGAAGCAGUAUGACCGGGAGUUCCUGCUAGGCUUCCAGUUCAUGCCCGCUUGUGUGCAGAAACCAGAGGGACUACCGCCUAUCAGCGAUGUGGUGCUGGACAAGAUCAACCAAAACAAGCUGCCCAUGAGAACACUAGACACAAGAGUGAUCUCGCGAGGCCCCGACUUCACCCCUGCCUUCGCUGACUUCGGCCGGCAAAUUUCAGGAGGACGAGGAGCUGCUCUCCUGAACGCAGGGCCUCGGCGGCCCCAGCCGCGCAAGAUCAUCAUGAACGUGUCGGUGAACGACGAGGUGCAGCUGAAGAAGGCUGAGCACGCCUGGAAGCCCACCCUGAAGAGAGAGGGGCCCUCUGAGGACCCCGAGGCACAGAAAACAAAGGAGCUCUUCCGCAAGGUGCGCAGCAUCCUGAACAAGCUGACCCCCCAGAUGUUCAACCAGCUCAUGAAGCAGGUGACGGAGCUGACGAUUGACACAGAGGAGCGCCUCAAGGGGGUCAUUGACCUGGUCUUCGAGAAAGCCAUCGACGAGCCCAGCUUCUCUGUGGCCUAUGCCAACAUGUGCCGCUGCCUCGCCACGCUCAAAGUGCAAAUGGCAGAUAAGCCGAACAGCACGGUGAACUUUCGCAAGCUGCUGUUAAACCGCUGCCAGAAAGAGUUUGAGAGGGACAAAGUGGACGAUGACGUGUUUGAGAGGAAACAGAAGGAACUGGAGUCGGCCUCAUCAUCCACGGAGCGCGAGCAACUGCAGGAGGAGCUGGAGGAAGCCAAGGACAAGGCGAGGCGACGCUCCAUUGGGAAUAUCAAGUUCAUUGGGGAGCUCUUCAAACUUAAGAUGCUGACAGAGGCCAUCAUGCAUGACUGUGUGGUUAAGCUGCUGAAGAAUCAUGAUGAGGAAUCCCUCGAGUGCCUGUGCCGGCUCCUCACCACUAUCGGGAAGGACUUGGACUUUGAAAAGGCAAAGCCUCGUAUGGAUCAGUAUUUCAACCAAAUGGAGAAAAUUGUGAAGGAGCGAAAAACAUCAUCCCGAAUCCGCUUCAUGUUACAGGACGUGAUCGAUCUCAGGCUGAAUAUUUGGGUGUCACGGAGAGCAGAUCAGGGCCCCAAAACCAUUGAGCAGAUCCACAAGGAGGCCAAGAUCGAGGAGCAGGAGGAGCAGAGGAAAGUUCAUCAGCAGCUGCUAUCCAAGGACAAGAGGAGACCAGUGAUGCAGAGAGAAGAGACCUGGAACACUGUGCCUGUGACCAAGAAUAGCCGGACGAUAGACCCUAGCAAGAUCCCAAAAAUCUCUAAGCCUACGAUAGAUGAUAAGAUCCAGUUGGGUCCCAGAGCUCAGCUGAGCUGGGUUAAGGGCAGUAGUGGAGGAGCCAAGUCCAGUGACUCAGAUUCAUCCCGUUCCAGCACCACCAGCUUAAACCGUUUCUCUCCCCUCCAGUCGUCCCUGCCUGCGGCCACUGUGUCUCCAGCAGUGACCUCAGACUACGAGUCUCGGAGAAGUCUCAGCGGCCGUGGCAGCGCCGGUCGGGAAAGGAACGAUAAGCCGAUGCCCGCAGCCCCUUCUCGGACCGGACCCUUCACGAGGGGCGGCAGCAGCAAGGACCUGCUGGACAGCCAGGCUCAGGAGGAGCAGAGGCACGACAUGCUGGAGACGGUCAAGCAGCUGACAGUCGCCGAGGAGAAGCCGGAGGCCGAGAGCAGUCGAGCUCGGGACACCGGAAAGUCUGAGACUCCAGCGGCCCUGACAGCAGACAAGCCUACAAUGACGGAAGAGGAAAUGGAACGAAAAUCCAAAUCCAUUAUUGAUGAGUUUCUGCACAUUAACGACUAUAAGGAAGCAGUACAGUGUGUGGAGGAGCUUGAUCAGCUAGCACUUCUACAUGUAUUUGUCCGGGUGGGUGUGGAGUCCACACUGGAGAGGAGUCAAAUCACAAGAGAUCACAUGGGGCAGCUGUUCUUCCAACUGGUGCAGUCUGGAACCCUCUCCAAGCAAGAGUUUUUCAAAGGGUUUGCAGACACAUUGGAGUUGGCGGACGAUAUGGCCAUUGACAUUCCUCAUAUAUGGCUGUAUCUCGCAGAGCUGGUCAACCCCAUGUUCCGUGACGGAGGAAUCUCUAUGAGAGAAUUAUUUACUGAAUUUAGCAAACCUUUACUUCCUGUGGGAAGAGCUGGGAUAUUAUUUUCUGAAAUACUGCACUUACUAUGCAAACAAAUGAGCCAUAGGAAAGUGGGGGCCUUAUGGAGGGAAUCGGGGUUGAACUGGGUGGAUUUCCUGCCAGAGGGUGAAGAUGUGCACAACUUUAUCUCUGAUCUGAAACUAGAGUUCACUAUAUCGGACUGCUCAAGUCCCACUGAAGCACUUUCAAAGAGAGAGCUUUCUCCCGAUGAACUGAACAAACAGCUAGAGAAGCUCCUUCUAGAGGACAUGGCUAGCGACGAACAAAUCUUCGACUGGGUAGAGGCCAAUUUAGAUGAAUCUCAAAUGAGUUCACCUCCAUUCCUUAGAGCUUUAAUGACAGCUGUGUGUAAGGCAGCAGUGAAAGGUGAGAGCACAGCAUGUCGAGUGGACACUGCCAUUAUCCAGAGAAGAUUGCCUGUAUUACUCAAGUACCUUAACUCAGAUACUGAGAGACAAUUGCAAGCACUUUAUGCACUUCAAGCAUUGAUAGUUAAACUUGAUCAACCUCCUAAUUUGCUACGGAUGUUUUUUGACUGUUUGUACGAUGAAGACGUGAUCUCAGAAGAUGCUUUCUACAAAUGGGAGUCGAGCAAGGACCCUGCUGAGCAGCUGGGCAAGGGAGUAGCGCUGAAGUCAGUCACAGCCUUUUUCACAUGGCUUAGGGAAGCUGAAGAGGAAUCGGAAGAUAAUUGACGAGAGGAGAGAAUCUUCGCCAAUUAGUGCAGAAAGGCCAAUUGUUGCUGAACACAAUGAAAAGAAAAAACAUGCACAGAUAGAUGAAAAAAGGUUGAAAACUUCAUGGUACGGUUCUAAGACUUGCAGCAAUUUGAGUUUGAGUUCACAGGCGAGAGCACUAAACAUGUAUUAUUUAUAGAAAAUAUUUUUGUUUUAAAUUUUAAAACCUUCUUUUGUUACUUUUUAAGAAAGACUUUAAAACCAAUUUCUGUGCAACAAAGACAAAUAGGUUCUGAACUCUUUAAUUUAUUAUUUUUUUAAGGACUGCAAAUAUGGAAGUUUAUUUAACAUUUGCAGAUGCUCACGAGAAGGAGACGAGCGCGGACGAUAAAAAAUAAUCGUGAAAGAAUAAUUGCCUCCCUGGAUUCCAAACUGUUUGGUGAAAAACAGGGUAAAGAAAUGCUCUUUUGGGGAGGGGGGUGGGUGGGUCAGUGGGUGGUGGGGGGGAGACACAGGAAGGGCAGAUGUUUAAAAGACAUCAGAGGUUAAAGGUUAUUAUUAAAUAACCACAAAAACUCUUCCUUCUGCUUUGGCUUGCUCUAAGUGAUAUGUAUAUUAUCCUCCAAACGGGCAGAAAUCCGCAUUCAGAAGACAAUACAGUCUGCAAGAACUUCAAAUGAACAACAAUGAAGAAUUAAGAAUUAAGUGAACGUACAGACAGCAACUUGUACAAAAAUCAAAUAACGUAUGGUUGCUGAACAUAAAGUGCUUGUAAUACUUCAGACUUAUAGAGCAAAUUUAAAGCUUGUAAAUACAUUAAAGAAAAAAGAUAUUUAAAAAAACUAA